AGUUGCCCACACGCACGCUCUCUCCCUCCCUCCGUCUCUCGGAUGCGCUCCUGCUCUGGCUCCCCACUCUCCGCUCCAAGGCCUCCUCCCGUCGCAGCGCAGCCGAGCAUCCAUGGCAGGGUCAUUGAUUAUUAAUGGGAAGAUAAUUGCUGCGAUGAUUACACACAAAGCUAGAGAAAUCGAGGAAUGGGUCGGCGCAGUAUGGAAGAAGUGCCCAAAUUGCAAAUAUCGCAUCUAUAAUGGCGAUGUUUCAUCACAGUGGCCAGGACUCCCUGCUGGUGUUAAAUUUGAACCAACUGAUCAGGAACUGCUUAUGCAUCUGGAAGGAAAGGUUGGCAGGGCAGCAUCCCAUGUACUAAUAGAUGACUUCAUUCCAACCAUAGAGGAAGUGGAUGGAAUUUGUUAUACACAUCCCAAAAAUCUUCCUGGUAUCAAGAUGGAUGGGAGAAGCAGUUAUUUUUUCCAUACAAUAUCAAACGCGUAUGAUGUUGGUCAGCGCAAGCGUCGGAAAAUCAGCAACAGUAAUCACACUGAUUGUGAUGAGCAGAUCAGAUGGCACAUGACCGGAACACCUGCAGCCAUCAAACAUAACGGUGUCACAAAAGGCUGGAAGAAAAUAUUGGUUCUGAAAUGUGGCAAGGGAAAGAUACAUAAAGCUAACUGGACGAUCCAUCAGUGUCACCUUGGGGUAGAGAAAGAUGAAAAGCACGGGGAUCUUGUCGUUUCCAGAGUAUUUUGGCAGUUGAAGUCAAACACUGGGAAAUCGCAGAUGCAUGUUGUUGAUGCCAAAUCCGGUCAAUCUGCAAUGAAUAUCGAUCCUACAACCCCAAAUAUGUACCCUCCGCAGCCUCGUCACCUAAGUGGUAGCCCAUUCGAACCAGAGCAGGAUCAGGAUGAGGAAGACCCCGGGUCAUGCGCUGUUCAGCUGCAGGCUGACGAAGACCUCGCUGGAAGCUCACAGUCUGUCGACUACGGUGUGCUAUCGGACCUCGACGAGCACCCGCUGCCCAAUGACGACAUCUCGGACAUCCGCCAUGAGAAGCCGCUGCCUCCCGACUACUUCGACAUGGAUGCACUCUUCACGGAUUGUACAUCAACACCUCUGGAAUUCCCACUCUGACCGAUAGCCAGAGUGACUGACUGAACGGAAAUGUAGCAUAGCAUAGAAGAGGGGUUCUGAAGUAGCUGCGCAACGCAGAGAAACUGCCUUUCCUCGUGAUGUAUGGGUGAUCCAUCUCCCGAGGAAAAUUUUGUAUAUGAUGUUUCGGUCUACGAAAUGGCGUGCCCCAGCUAUGUUUCCAGUAUAGCAGUAUUAGGACAUGAGUCAGACAUUCUCGAGCAUCAUCUCGACUCAGAAGUCUAUGUUGCUAAGCAGCUGAUGUGUUGUAUUUGUAAUGUUAAGCUGUUAAAAUGUAUGAUAUGACAUGUUAACUAACUCACUUCCCUUGAGAUGUACUAAUUUUGAUGUGAUCCAUCCUUGCACGCCGUGUUUUCUGC